AUGGAAACGGAACAAAAUUACAAUUCUCUAUUCAAAGCCGCCAAUCUAUUUGUUGCAGGGGCCACGGUAAGCAAGAUAAGAAGCAGAACUGUCAUUCAGGGAAAAUUACUAACUUUGGUUCUUCUACAGAUUUUUGCGGGAGCACUACAAUUGCUAAAUGGUCUCAAUGCUUUUCUCUUGAGUCUGUUUAUAAUUGCAUUUGGAGGUGUGAUUGCAGCUCUAGAAAUAAAGCCCGAAUUGGUACCUAAAGUUACGCCGUAUCUAUCGUUUUUGUUGUCAUUUUUGGGAAGAGGUGGCUUCUACAUCUUUUUGGGAGUGUUGAUCAGUGGAGGUUCGAUUUUCCGCGGCCUGAUAGGGUUUUUACUGGUUAUCGUUGGUGUUGGAUUUGUAUCGUUGGAGUUUGUAGGAUCCAUUGAACCUCCACCUAGUAUGAGAGAAGUGGUAUCGUUUGAAGAAGAAGAUAUCAUCUAG